GAUAAGAACGGAUUUUUUUCCAAUCAUACUUCCUAUUUAAUACUCCGGUGGGUAAAACAGAAAUGGUCUUCAAAGGGUUAAAGGCAAUAGCUGUGCUAUUCUCUUCUUUUGUAUGCAUAGCCAAUGGAUAUACAGUUAAUUAAAGUUUUCGAAUUUCGAUUUUAAAUUUGAUUUUGUGAUAAAAACUGUGCAGAAAUAAAAUUUUCAUGGAGUCAUCACUGAGUAUAGUAGCGUCAUCCACUGAAAUUGAAAUAAAGGCAGAGAAACAAACUAACGCAAAUGGAAAGGCAGUUGUGACUCUUGAGAAAUUGCUUGAACAAUAUGGCGACAAUGGAGUGAAGACAUUUGCUAAUGGAGAACUGCACGAUCCCGAUAGACAAACAUUUAUUGUGGAUGCUUCUAGGCUGCUUGCAUCUGUUUAUGAUAACCUUAGAGGUGGGUUUAGCGAAGAUGAGUUAGAAAGAUACACUGACAUGGUAUCAACCAUUUCUCAUAAGUAUAAGGAUAAUCCUGAAUUAGUGCAUCAAAUUUCCAACUGGCGCAAAUCCAGGAAAGAACUGAUCGAAAUAUCCAUGUCAGCUGCCAAUCAGCUGGAUAAAUUUAUAUUUGUAGUUAACAUAUCUCGGAUAAUUGGUUCAAUAACUGAAAUAUUAAAUUCUUUAAAUUUAGACAUCUAUCAGAAAUGUUGUUCCGGUAUUACAUUUUAUAUAUAUAGCAUUUCACCAAGACUGGGAUUAAUAAUAGAAGGCGCAUUGGAACUCGCCCCUCAUCUUAGGUUUAUGGGUUUCGUGAGUUCCUUAUUUGAAAUUAUGCGUUCACAAGUUGUUAUCAACCAUGUUGUGAAAGCUAUGAAGAAAGAUAAAGAAAUGUUCCAGCCAUUAAAAGAAUGGUUUGACGAAACAGAUGAAUUCGAAGACUCGGUCAAGAGGUUGUUCCCUCAUGGCAUUGAUAAAGAAAUUAUUGAAGGAAUCGAAGGUGCAUUGAAGGAUCUUGGAAAAGAGGAGACGAUAUUUGCUGCAACUAUCUUAUCCAAUAUAAAGAAAGAUCCAAUGAUUUUUAAAGAUGGGAAAUUCUUGGCUAAAGUUUUUCUGUUUUGCAGAAGUGAUGCCGCCAAACAGUGGUAUAAAAGAAUGGUGGCAGGUGCUUGCCCAUCAGAGCUAGAAUGUGACAUGCUCUACUUCCGCACGGAACUACAGCAACUGGAAGGAACAGAUGUCGACUCAGGUUCGAAAUUAGAAAUUGGAAAAUGCUCCGUAGAACAAAUGGAAAAUACUGUAAAAAAUAAUUCGAAGUCACUUUUAGGUCGUUUUAUUCUUUGCUGCAUGAGUGGCAUGUCUAUAUACUAUUGCUACGAAAAUAUAAGAGCUGGAUCAAAACAUAGGUAUUCUGAUAGACUGAGAGAACUGUCAACAAAUGCGCAAUUAUUUUAUCAAAAAAUGGAAAAAAUACGUCUCUCAGAAAUGGAAUAAAUUUACAUUUUGAUUAAA